AUGGACAGAGCCAGUGAUGUGAGGCUCAGCGUGAAGCUGGGAGCUGCCUCACCUGGGUCAGAGGAGGAGCUGGGAGUCAGGGUGCAGCAAUCACCAAAUCUUUACUUAUUUUCUUUCCUGCAGGGCACUGUUCGAAGGAUUAUUAUCGAGAAUCCAGAUCAGGAGCCAUUAUCCCCAUUUCUCAGAGGGGGGAAUUUCUGUCCUGGAAAUAAUGUCAUCUAUGAAAAGACAAUAAGAAAAUACGAGCUAUUAAAUCCCCACCAAGAGAAGCAUUAUCAGCUUUCCCACCACUGUCAGAUUCCUCAGCAAGCCGAUCAGUGCCAUGUUGUCCAGCCCUGCCAGCACUCCGAGCAGUCCCAAGUCACUCACCAGUGCCAGCAGACACAGACCAACAGCCCCUGUGAAAUAAUUCCAGUCUCUGUGAGCGACGACUGCCGAGGGAAUACAGUGAGGAGGGUAACAGUGCAGACCUGUGAACCGGUGAAUUGCUCUCAGGAAAAUAAUGACCAACUGGACUGUCGCUACUUUGGUGAGCUUCUUGCUGAACUGAACCGCAAGACCAACGACUUGUACAGCUGCUUACUACAGCAUGUGGAGAAGAUAGGAGGAAGGAAAUUAAGCCAAACUGAAGAUAUUGAAAAUUUGAUUCCCAAAGGACUGUCUGAGGCAACAAAGCAGCAGAUUCGUUAUCUCCUCCAGAUGAGAGUGACAUCAGAUAAAUCUUUGAGACUUGUGCUUUCCACUUUCAAAAACUUACGUGAAGAGCUCUGCCAUUUGCAGGAUGACUUGGGGAAGUUAGAAACCGAGAGUGUCUUACUUAAGAAGGAUUUGGCUUUUAAAGAUUCUCAAGUAAAAGAAUAUGAAACUAUGUUGACUUCUCUGAGAGAGAAUAAUCGUCAGCAGCAGCAAGGACUCAGAGAGAGUACUGCAAAAUGCCGCUCUCUGGAAGAACAGCUCCUCUCUCUUCGGCUCAGUGAGGGAGAAAAGGAGUGUCAGCUAAAGGAACUGGAGUACUGCAAGCGUGCCUUGGAGCAAGAGAUCCAGAGCCUUCGACUACAGGUAACAGAGACCUGCUCUAAUCCAACACUACAGACCACCACAGAUGAACUCUCUAGCCGUUACGUAGAGAUGAUCAAUAACUUGAGAGAGGAUAAAGAUCGUGAGAUCCGCAAUCUUAGGUCUCAGUUAUGCCAAUUCCAGCAAGAUAUAUCACAGAGAGAAGGAAGUAACAGCGACUUGCAAAUAAGGUUGCAUGAACUGACGUCAAUGUUGGAGGAGAAAGAGGCUUUUAUUAAACAACAGCAAGAGGACCUCUUCAGAUUGAAGCAUGAGAAAUUAUCAGGCAGUCAGUCCCCUGGUGUAACAGCUAUCAUCACCAAGAAGUACAGGAAUCAGUAUCCUAUUCUGGGUCUCCUGUCUGAUGACUACAAGGUUACAUCACCUGUCAAUAAAUCACAAACUAUUGUAAUUGAGAGGACUGGAGAGAUAUGGAAACAUCUCGGUUUCAUUGUCCAUGCGCUGCCAAGAGAAGAAGAGGCAAACAAUUACUAUAAAGAAAGGGAUGUUCAAAAUGCUAAUGCAAUAAGCCAACCAAAGAAAAGCGGUAACUCAUCUUGA